AUGAUAAAUGGAAACCCGAACAUUGCAAGUUGCGCCAUUUUUGGUUUUUGGGCUCUACUGUGUAUUUAUCCAGCUAUCGUUCUAACCAAUUCUGUAACAUCAGUUAUUUCGGAGAUCAAUCGAACGGGUAAUAUUAUUUACAAAUUAGCAGCAGUAUAUUCUACUCAUACAGGAAUAAAAUAUCAGCUUGAACAAUUUUCUGUGGAACUUCUACACAAGAAUAUAUCUUUCACAGCUCACGAAAUGAUACCUCUUGAUAACACUUUAUUAACAUCAGUUUUUGGCUCUAUUGUGACUUAUAUUAUUAUUCUCCUACAAUCCGGUUAUAACACAAAAAAGUAA